AUGCAAAAAGACACCCAAAAGAACACCCAAGAGAACACCCAAGAGAGCACUCAAGAGAACAUGGAACAGAAUUCCCAACAGGAUGUCCCGAAUAAUCUUCUGCCAGAAGCUUUCAAACGAGAAUUCUUAAAAAUGCUCAUGAGACUUGAAAGAGACAGGUCAACAGACCCUAAUCUCAGCCAAUCCCUCAACGAAAUGACGCAACUCGUUAAAAGAUUCAUUCUUCAAUACGGUUAUAAUUACGUUUUUCCAGUCUUUCAAACUUCCCUUUCCCACGUCUCAGGAAUCCACAAGUCCACAGCGCUAGAGUUUUGGAAGCCUUUGAUGUUCAAAUUGAAUGUACGCAGGAGGUUGUAA